AUGUGCGUGAAAGCGCAGGAUGAUGUCACUGGCGAAGACUCCACAGUGCUGGUCUUCUCCGACUGCGCUGAUGAACCGGGGAAGAAUCUCCACUUCUCUGAAGUGGAGGGCACCUACCGCUUUCAGCUAGGAAGGCAGUGCGCGCACCCAGACGACGGCGCGGAAGCCUCCUCAGAGCCGCGGCUGAGCUUCCCUGCCGACUGCAGCUCCAAGAGGCACAUCCUGAGCUUCCAAAAGCUUGCAGAGGACGAACAGCUUCCGGGAUUUCUGAUACAGUCCGUGGGAGGUGCAGUCCAGUACUGCAUCCAUCCAUACCAGGGCAGCGAAAGUCCAAGCGAUGGCACAGAGCUCAUCAAUCACAUCCAGUGCGAUCGUGGCCGCCGGGCCCUGCGCUUUCGUGUCGGGGAUCCAGAGACACUCUCCAGAGAGGAGCCCAAACUGAAGAAGGCCUUAGGCAAUCCGCUGAUACCAGUGCCGACGGAGGAGCCAUGCUCCUACUAUGGUGAGGGCAGAUCACAGAGCUCACGGCCCGGAAAGCCAUGCCUUCCGCCUCCACCUUUCUGGCCCUACACCGGCCUCACCGAGUGGAGGACGGAGCUGGGGCGCCGGGCCCUGGCCGCGGUUACGCCAACAGAUGACGUGUCAGAGGCCAAGUGCGGUGGCUACUACCUGCUUGGCGAUCAGACCUGGUGCAACAGAGCCUUCGAUGGUAGUCACGGCCACGGUCAACUUGGCUUGUCCUUCGGCAUAGAGGAACGGGACAUCUGGGGAGAACUGGUGACACAGAAAUUUGGUCUGCCUGUGCAUCUCUUCGAUUGCUACAUUCCUCUGGAGCGAUCACCUCCAAUGUCUGGAACAGCGCCCAACAACUCAGCAACAUGCGCGAAAAAUCAUUUGGGCGAGCCAAAGUUGGACCCGAUCUGCUACGGGGCAAGCUACUAUCCGCACCGGAGCUGUUUAGCGGGGCAGGACGUCGUGGUCGAGAAGCGGCACUUCGUCACCCUUGAGGAAGCUGUCGAUGAAACCAAGCAAUUACUCCGAGAGGGUCACACGGCCAUCUUACAGGUGGUCCGCUACACUGAUGACUCAGCGGGCGAUGCCUUUGCUGUCUUCCGCAAGGGCGUUGUACGUGCGGAUGCAAGCCGGAGCACGGGAAGCCCAGGAAGCCCACGAAGCCUGCUGCAGGAGUUAGACAAGAAACCCAAGGUCUUGGCGUUCCUUGCAGAAUUUGCUCAAUGCAGAAGGCCGCACCGAAGGCAGAUUGCGAAUGUGGCCAGCAUCCUCCUGAAGAGCGCAGCCUGGUGGGAAGCUGCUGAGGCCUGUGGCUUUUUGCGGAAACUCCCGGAUGACAUGGAGCUUCAAUUGGAGGCACCUGCGAAACCGCCUGAAGUUCGUGAAGGUCACAGUGCACCCAGCGGUCCUAGCGCACCGGCUCCAGCGCCUCAAGGGCUCGAAGGGCCUGAGGGUGAGGCCGGCGAGGCCGGCGAGGCUCGCAGCGCCGCCCUGGAUGCUGUGCUCUCGGCCAUUGCUGCACUGCGGCGCUUGGAUUUCGAAAGAGUCUUCGAAGAACGGCCGCUUGAAGAACGGGAUUCGGAGGAGCGACGAAGAGAAGCUGCGGCAAAGCUGCAGCAGCUUGCACAAGGAUUGCAUCUCGUGGCUGAGUUCUCCCGAAUCGACCAGCAGGUGGUGGCUCGCUUGGAACCGAAGCUGCCCAUCUUCCGGUUCUUGCUGUUGGCCUUCGAGCAGCUUCCAGGUCAACGAGAGCAAGUGCUUUUGGUCCUCCGCUUGCUCCUGGAGACUCCGGCCUUGGCUGCUUGGCCGCAUGCCGUUGAAGCUGACCACGAGCUCCGUGAGGCUCUCGGAGCUUUCGGCCUCGGCCUGUCUCCGGUGUCUCGCUCGAGCCACUCCGGGCCCUCCGAGUACUCGGCGGAAAGCCAGCCAAGCGAGGAGCCGCGUUCAUGUUCCCAAAGCCAUGCAAGGUGGAUGUGGCAAGAUGCUGGCCGUGGUUAUGGCGGGCCUAUCGGGGCCGGCCUGGCGCGGCUGAACCCCGCGCGCUGGAGCCAGCUGCUUCCCACAGACAAGGUCAUCGACGAGUUGUGCCAGUUCCUGGGCACGGGCUCUGAGGAAAGACCUGUCAGACUGGAGGCGGUGCGCACGCUGGACAUGGAGAUCCACUUCGGCUUCGGCAGUGCUGCGGAGCUGCCGCAAUACAAGGCCCUCGGUUUGCAGGAGAAGUUGACGCGCCAGGUCUCCAUCAUGGAGGGUCUCCGAAAGAGGUUUUUCUGUACAGGAUCCACGCUGGAAGUUUACCGACAAGGCUGGAGCCCACAGGACAACUGCGGCGUGCAGCCCUGCGGCGAGCCUCCCGUGUACCUCCCAAAUGGCUUUUCGGUGACCGCCUUUGCAGUGAGCUAUGUACACAAAGAGAUCGUGGGCGUCAGCGCGAACUGA